GUGACGAUAAUUUAUAUUCGAAAAAUGGCACCAACGAUGGCAAAACAAGUGACAAAGGCAGCGGCCGUUACAAGGUUAGUGGAAGAGGUCUCGAAUCUCAAAAAUCAGUUGGCAGAAAUGAAAAACGAAAUUACGCAGUGUAGUAGUGUAAUUAGUCAACAGAAUAGGCUACUUACAUACCAAAGCAGGUGCAUACAAAAAAUCCUGAGCACUGUCACUAGCACUGAGGUAGACUUCCCACUGACUAGUUCAACUGACCAUCACGAACUGCUCAAUGAAUCUGGCCCUGAGGGUCUCAUUUUUCUCGAUAACGAUUCUCAAUUAGACACUGGUCGCCAAGAUCACUUAUCGACACCAGCAACAUCCGCUAAUCAGUCAGCAGUCUCCGUCGCUGUAACCCAGGAGAGCAAGAGCCCUGUGAUGCCGUCCCCGGCGUCAGGACAGUCCACCCCGGUACAGUCAGGCACCAAUCUGCCAGAGACGCGCCGACUCCGACCUCGGCGCGCCGCUGCCGCGUCAGAAGAGGAUAAGUCCAACACAAAAGGCAAGCUGACAUUGCUCCAACUGCUCCCCUCCCUAGCGCUGUCCCUGCAGCAGAUCCUGGUCAUCCUGGGCUAUCGUCAUCAGCUCCAGCACAGCCCACUGUCCCAGCUCCACUGA